AUGUAUGAGGUUGCACUUCUUUUCAAUGAAAAAAUAUCACCAGAUUAAAUUAAAUCCAUAAGCAAAUUACUCAAUGAUUUAGGAUUUGGAUUAACUGUGAUAAUUCAAAACACAUCAAUAAUCAUGAUGCUUUAUUUAAGAAAUGUAAAAAAAACAAGAUAAUUAAUUAGAAUGAUCUACUUUUAUAGACACUUUCAGAUUUGCAUAUUGAAUUACCUAAAUAUUCUAAGAAAUCACAUUAGAAAUCAAUAUUAGUUUAAAAUAGAAAGAAAUUUGAAAAGUAUCGCUUGUUUAUUAGAAUCCGAGAAUUUUUAGAUAAGAAUAUAAAAGAAAUGGAAUAGUAUUCAAAAUUCAAGUAUGAUUAGAAAUAAAAAUUUGAAAAUACCAAUAACGUAGUAGAGAUUGAUUCUUAUCUUAGAGAAAUUGCUAUAUAUUAAAUUUUAGCUACUCUACAGAAUAAUAAUUAAAUUAAUCCAGAAAAUAGUGGAGAACAAUUUUUAUUUGUUGCAUUAAAAUAAUAAGGAAUUUUAUUAGAUAUUUGUCCAAUGAGAACAUUUAGACAUAGCACAUACAAAGAAUUAAAGUAAUGUUUAUAAAUGAAUGUUAAUGUUUUGGAUUAUUUAGUUGUGAGAAUCAGAUCUUAAAUGGGUGAGUAAAUAGCAUUUUAUUUUGGUUUUCUUCUUUAUUUAAUUAAGAAUAUGUUGAUAUUAGUUGUUUUUGGAAUGAUAACUUAUUCUUUGGAUGAAUAUUUUGAUUAUGAUGUUACAAAAUCUCCAUUUGAACCUUUGUAUGCUGCUUUGACUGUAUUAUGGGCUGCAUAUUUUGUAAGUUAAUGGAACUAGAAAUAAAAGGAAUAUUAAGUGAGAUGGAGAAGUCAUGGUAAAAACUAUGAUUAUAUGUAAUCUAAAAUGGAAUUGUCAUUAUUAAAAUGUUUAAAACAUAAAAAUCAUUUUUCAAUUUAAGAAUCAACUAAGAAAAUAGUAUAUUCAAAUGAAUUGGAUCCUGUUACAGGAUAAAAGAUCUAAAUAAAAUAGAAUAUCUUCUCAAUUUAUUUAAAUUCUAUAAUUAGAAUUAUUGGAUAUGUGAUUGCAUUAGUAAUAUUCCUUAUUGCAUCUUUAAAUAUGAGAGGAUAUGUGGAUUCAAAAUAAUAAUUGUAUAUUGAAUUCAUUUAGAUCCCUAAUUGCAAGAAUAUUUAUAUAUCUUAUUUAUUGGCCAUUAUUCAUGUGGUUGUUGUAAAUUAUUUAAAUAGUAAAUAUAAAUAAGUGUCAAUUACAACUUCAUUAUCUGAAGAUCAUAAGUGUUUAUAAACAUUUGAGAGAUCACUUAUCAUAAAAAGAUUUACAUUUGAAAUAUUCUCUGCUUUUUUUGAUUUCUUUUAUAUAGGAUUUGUUAAUGAUGAUAUCAAUUAAUUAAAACAAGAGAUGAUUCAAAUGUUUAUGGUUGAUGAAUUUAGAAGAAUAAUGACUGAAACUAUAUUACCUUCCAUUUCUAAAUUAAGAUUAAUUAAAUAUUAAAACUCUAUAGUGAAAGGAUUAUCUGAAUUACAAUAAAAUACUAUUUGUUAAGAAUUUUAAAUGAAUAAUCAUGAAAUGUAAUAAGUUUUAUAAAGUUAAUUGAUCUCAUGUUUUCUACCAAAGUAUGAAUCAUUUGAUGAUUAUUUGGAAAUUAUUCUAAAUUUUGGAUAUGUUUGCUUUUUUACAUCUGCUGUAAGAAUGGCUGGUAUUGUAGUAACAACAUUUUUAUUUAUUGAAUUCUUUUCAGAUUAUUAUAAGAUCUAUCACCUUUAUUAAAAGCCUUUUGCAAUCAAAUCUAAUUCAAUUGGUCCAUGGACUAAAGCUAUGGAUAUAAUAUGUGUUAUAAGUGUCUUUACAAAUUUAAUGUUAUUUUCUGUAGCAAGUGAUUAAAUUGUCAAAUUCUUUCCUAGUUUAUUUGAAGAAACUAACACCUAACCCUCAAUAACCUAAUCUUAAUAUGAUGAAAUAGAAGACAAUGAAAUUAAAAUCAUGGUAUCAUCCUGUGGUUUAUUAACUGCAAGACCACUUCCAAAUAAAUCAUCCUAAGCCACUUUAGUUGUAAUAUUAAUAGAACACAUAUUGUUAAUUUUGAUUUAUUUCAUUAAAAAAAUCAUAAGUCUUCGUUAAACAUGGGUUGACAUCUAUUUGAAAAGAUAAGAAUACAAACGUACAUUAAAAGAAUGA